AUGCAGAGAUCUUUUGCUGUUGACAACUCUAGGUUUCUUGCUAGUACUCUGCAACCUGCUACUUUUUACACCAAAGAAAUAGAAUUGCUUCUUGCUCAAAUCCUUGAUACUCGACCUACCACACUUAGGGUACGUCGCAGUUCCCGAUUUGGGCUCGUGGAUGUAUCUGCUCCUUUGUUACUGAGUGCUCCUUUGCACCAUCUUGCAGCAUAUCUCGCUGAAAAAAAUGGCUGCGAAAAAAAUGAACAUGUCAAGAAAACUAGCGAAGUCGAAACAGUUCAAUAUUUUCAAGGCAUUGGUUUGGUCGACGACUUCUACUUGAGUCUCGUAAGCUGGAGCAGAAAGUACGAUCGACGGGCCGUAGCAUUGGGCCCCAAUCUUUAUUUUUGGGGAGGACUGGCCGAAGGCAUCGAUGAACUCAAAUUGGAAAAAUAUCACCUUGGCCAUAUAACAUGCAUUUCUUAUUCCAGAAGAGAUAUCCUCUUGGUGUGCACUGCUCGCAGUUAUGUCGUGGUGUACUCACAAUUACUAAAAAAGAUUGUAGCCACCACUUGUCUUGCGGGCUCAUAUAUCUGCUGCGCAGAGUGGCUCGGAAACUCCAACAUAGUUUUUACUGGCAACGACAAAGGAGUGGUGUGCUGUCUCCAGGUAUCUGAGCGCGAAAUUGUGGUGCGCCGGCGGAUCCAAUUCCACGAGCAGCAAAUAUGUGGUGAGUAUUGA